AGCAGUGCUGGGCGGCUUGAGGAGCUCGGGGCGACGUCAGUGCAUCCCCCGGAGCUGAAACAAUGAGGAAUAAUUAACGUACCAUAACGGGUAUCUACGCUUUUUGAGCCAUGCUUGGUGGUAAAUCAGGGAAUGUGGGUAUAGAAGAUAUUACUGAAUUGAUGUUGGUCUUAUAAAGUCGGCACCAAACUUUUUGUAAGAGUGAAAGACGAGGAUUUGGAAUCUACGAUGCCGGAAUUACGCUGGAAAUGGAUUUGGUGGUUCUUGGGCGUCUUACUUUUGAUGGGGCAUUUCUACAUAGACACAGAUGCUACUCUAGGGGUUCACAAUGAUAUUUCUGAAGUGGAAUCAAGCUCUUCAGGGAGUGUAAGAAGUUCUGGGACUAUGGUGAAGCAAAUGGACCUUCCGAAGAUCAGCCAGGCUUCAGGAGUCUCUUCUGGAGAGAGACGAGGUGCGCUAUCCAGAAGAAAACGGGACAUACUCUUCCCUAAUGGUGUAAAACUCUGCUCACAAGAGACAGUGAAGCAAGCUCUACAGAAUCACCUGGAGUACUUUCAUCUAAGAGUGUGUCAGGAGACGGUGUGGGAGGCGUUUAAGAUCUUUUGGGACAGGCUGCCUGAGAAAGACGAAUACCAGCUGUGGAUCAACAGGUGCCAAAACGGCAGCGUUACCGUGUUCGACAUCGGCAGGAGCUUCAGCCAAUCAGCUGAGCACAUCACCCUCGUCACCAGCAGAGUGGCCAUAGCAUCAUCGAGCGAGCCCACCCACUCCUGGCAACCCGAGUGCAGCCAGCAGACUACACCAUCUACAACAAAACCUAACACUAUCCACACCACAACAGAAAGAGCAGAAACCAUCACAUCUCCUCCAACAAAAGCCCCAGCAACCAGUUUACAAGGCGAUUCUUCAUCAAAUCCUUCAAAACAGACCAUGGUUCCUCCAAUUCCACCAGUUCCUCCAGUCGAAAUGACCUUCCCUGAAACAGAUUCGCCUACAGUUACCACAGCACAGACACCACCACAGCUAAUCCCAGCUACCAGUAUGGCCGCAGGACUGGAGGUCACUCUAGAGGUCACCUCUAAGCCUGAUCUUACCCUGACUUUUAAGGACUCGCAAGGGAUAAGCCCCAGUUCUCCAACACAAGACUCUGGUCAAGCAACUGAUCAGAUAAACCCAGGCUAUGAACUGGAGGUGAACCAGGAAGCCACUGGAGAGAGUACCAGUGAUACGUCUACAAACGACCAAUCGCUUGGGGGCGAUAGAGACGAGGAAGCUGUGGUUAUCUUAGAGGCUUCUACUCUGAACCCUCAGAAACCUCUUGAGGCACCUGUCGAUUCUGAUUUGGAAAAGGAACCUCCAGCAGGUGCAGAAGAACCUUCACCUGUAGAACCUGUGCAAGUCAUUGACAACGUCAACCAAGAGCCUCCAACAGGAGGUUUAGCAGUACAGUCUUCACCUAGCCCUAAUUCAGGUAAUACUCAACAUCCUCAACCUUCUGAAGGUGAGAAACCAUUGGUAGACUCAACUGUACAAGCUGGACCAGGUGACUCUGAACCAGGUGAAGCUGAAACACCUGUAGCUUUAACCACUCCUCCCAUAGAAUCAUCCGUAUUUGAGGACAAAGCGGAAAGUGAUGGCAGGACUUCAGGUUCAGGUGAAGAUCCCAAUAUAGAGGAUGAUGGAUAUGUAGUUAUAGUGCAGGACAGUGAGGAUGAUGAUGAAGGUGAUUAUGAGGAAGAUGAGGAUGAAGGUGAAGGUAAAGGAGUGAUCACAUCAGAGCCUGACUCUACAGGUGAGAUUCAGGUGAUGGAAGUCACAGAGGAGACGACUACAGCAAAAGAGGAAUACCUGACUGUCCAUGUUCCUGAAGGGGAAGAGACAUCUGGAACUGUUGUAGUUUUACCUGAAUCCCCAACCAAUGAGGUCUUUUUAGAAGGGAAUACACCUGUAGUUCAGGACAUACCUGUAGCUGCCAUUGAAGUGGGUACAGAGGAUGACCCAGGUGAGGAAAUACCUGAAGUCACAACAGAUGCACCUGUUAUCACAUCAGUAGAUUAUGUUUUUGAAUCACACGUCACAACCAUGGAUUUACCUGCCACUGAAGCAGUAACAGAAGUUCCCACACCUGAGUACAAAACUGAGGCUGCUGUUGUUAGGGUAACACCUGGAAAGCCUGCAGGUACAACUACAGAGGCUUUAGAGCAUCUUGAAACAUCUUCAGGUACAGGUACUCUACCCACUACACAUCAGGCCACAAUUGAGGCGGAUGUUGAGGCAGACGACAAAACCGAAGUCACGUCUGACUCCCGUGUAACACCUGAGGAGGACAUAGUUAAGGAUAUACCUGAGACUAGUGUUGAGGUUGUCACACCUGAGGUCGUAACUGAUUUUAACGUUGAAGCUGACACACUUGAACCCAUACCAGCUGUUGAAGAUGAUAAAACUGAGGUCACACCUGAUUCUGAAGGUGAUACACCUGAGGUCAUACCUGAUAUUGAAGAUGGCACACCUGAGGUCAUACCUGAUUCUGAAGGUGAUACACCUGAUGUCACAUCUACUAUUGAAGAUAGUUCACCUGAGGUCAUACCUGAUUCUGAAGACAAUGCACCUACGCCCAUAACUGAUGUUGAAGAUGAUACACCUAAAGUCAAACCUGAUUCUGAAGGUGAUACACCGGAGGUCACACCUACUAUUGAAGAUAGUUCACCUAAGGUCAUACAUGAUGUUGAAGAUGAUACACCUAAAGUCAUACCUGAUUCUGAAGAUGGCACUACUGAAGUCAUACCUGAUAUUGUGGAAGGCACACCUGUGGUCAGCCCUGAAUUUAAAGAUGAUACACCUGCUGUCACAACCAAUACUGAAGUCAGCACACCUGUGGUCAUACCUGAUUCUGAAGAUGGCACUACUGAAGUCAUACCUGAUAUUGAGGACAGCACACCUGUGGUCAGCCCUGAAUUUAAAGAUGAUACACCUGCUGUCACAACCAAUACUGAAGUCAGCACACCUGUGGUCAUACCUGAUUCUGAAGAUGGCACACCUGAGGUCAUUCCUGAUUCUGAAGAUGGCACACCUAAGGUCAUUCCUGGUUCAGAAGAUGGCACACCUGAGGUCAGUCCUGAUUCUGAAGAUGACACACCUGAGGUCAUACAUGAUGCCAAAGACGAUGUAGUUGAGGUCAUACCUAAUUCCAAGGACCAAUCACCUGAGGUCAUACCUGAGACUAAAGUUGACACACCUGACAAUACACAUGAUGUUGAAGAUGGCGCACCUGAGGUUAUAUCUGAUGCUAAAGAAGACGAUGAACCUUUGCCCGUACCUGACACUGAAGAUAAAUCAUUAGAUGUUGUAAUUGGUGUUGAGGAAGGCACACCUGAGAGCAAACCUGCUGAAACAGGUAAAGUUCAUGAGGAGAAGACGUCUGAUGUCCUUGAGGACGAAAUCUUAGUCUUACCUGGAUCUGUGGUGGAGGAAAACACACCUCUGCCACCUGCAGAUGUAGAAGAGCCUGAACACACUGAUGCACCUGAAGCUGCAAAGGGACCUGAAGCUACUGAAGCAACUACUGAAGUGAUGGAGGACACAACUGUGACUGAGGUACAUGAGGACAGGUCUGAGGGUCCUGUAGGUGAAGACAUUCUUGAAAUGACUGAAUCCCCUCAGGACAUACCUGACAUUACUGAGAACAGUCCUGAAGUUACUGAGAUACCUGAGGACAUGCCUGAUGUUACUGAGGCACCUGAGGUUCUUGGGUACACAACUUUAUCUUCAGUAUUCCACCAGGGCUCACCUGAGGACUCACCUGUAAACUCACUUGAAGAGCCUAUGGAUAAGAACAUACCUGAUGCAACAGAGGCACCUACACUUAUUGAAAAGCCUCCUGAUUCUGCACCUGAAGUUACAACCGAAGAUGACUCUACUGAACCUCCUCUCGUUAAGGUAAUCUCUAAAGAGCCACAGGUGGAUGACACAUCGACAGGUGGAGCUGGAGAGACACCUCAGACAGAAGACGAGGAGGACACACCUACACCAUCAUUAAAACUGGAGGAGAGCACAGUAGCCCUUAAUGAACUAACAACUACCAUACAGAGAAACACCUUCUCAACUCCUCUACAAACCUCCACACAGGAGAUCUCCAACGACAUCCUGGAUGAAAACAACAUGAUUGGUAAUGAGAUUGGUGAAACCGUGCCCCGGCCUGUGAGACCGAUGGUGGAUCACGUGGUGGAACUGAGCAUCAAACUAAAAGGAGAGAUUUAUGACGACGCUCUCCGAGACCCGUCAAGCUUUUAUUACCAGCGUCUGUCUGAACAGUUCAUUGAAAAGAUCGAAGACGCCUUUGAAAAACUUCCAGGCUUUAAGAGUGUUUUUAUACUUGAGUUCAGGCCACAAAAAGACAUCCAAGGAGGUCUGGCGGUGGUGGUGCACUAUGCCAUUGUGCUGGAAGUGGACGGAGCCGGCAUCAAUAAUGAAACCAUGCACUUCAUCACCCUGCAGUCCAACACUGUGGAGAAGUCGUACAGCGAGCCGGAGGAGCUGCCCACGGUGGUCUACACCAUCACAGACUUCCGCAACUUCAUCUCAGAGGCCCUGCACAAGGAGACCUUCGGGAAUAAUGGGAAUACCACGCUGGAUGUUGACCCCGACUCCUUACAGCUGGAAAGCGUGGAGACGCUGCCGCCAUCCAAACCGACCAGCAGACCGAUCGACUCCAACGACAUGAUGGACAACAUUCUCGCAGCGGAGAAACCGCCAGACGUUCCGGGUCAGGAGCUGACCAACAACGACCUCUUCAUCAAAAAAGACGAUUUCCUGUUCGACCCUGUUCGCCCGUUCGACCCCUGGAUGGGCUCUCAGAGUGAGCUGGCGAGCGAAAACGACGUCAUCAUCCUUGAGGAAAUUCCUCCUCCGCCUUCUACUGAAGUGCCACUAAAAAAUGUCGAGAAAAUCGAAUCCAUUUCCAAAUUUGAGACGAGCAGCAAGACGCCCAAACCUAGCAAAGAGAGUGACGAUGCUAUCCAAGAAGAGGGCUUCCUAGAAACCACGACUGCCAACCCUACCACAGUGACUGUAGUUACUGAGGAGACACUUUUAACCCAGUCUGAAGCAGCACCAGAGAGUACCAAGAGCACUGAAAGCCCUCCUGUAGGACCUUCACAUGUGGACGAUGAUAAGUCAGUGGAGAUUGACCUGGGCUCUGGAUCAGGCUUCUCUGGGGAUGGUCCAGAGUCUGAUAUUUGGCCUUGGCUUCCAGAAAAUCCUUCCCAAACCUCGUUCAAAGAUGCCCAAGAAUCAGAAAGGACUAAGGAUGACGUAUGGUGGGAGGACCACGAAAAGAAAAAGGAUGAUGAAGAGACAGAGCCUGAGAUUCCUGCUCCAGAUAUGACCUCUGAAAAUCCCUUCUUAGAAAGAGUCAUUGUGACCCAAGACAUUCGUUCCAACCCUGAAUAUACGACUACAGACCAAGCUCCAGUGUUCUGGACUAUGGAGACCCUGACUGUGGAGCUUUCGAUGCAGACCAAAGAAGCUCCUGGCAUCUAUGAUGACUACUACACCAGCGAAUUUUCCACUUAUGUACCUUCGGUAACUGACCUACCACUGCAGGUCUACACUACCACAGAGAGCCCUAUUUUAGAUGGAGCAACGGUUGGAAGUCUAGAGAUGACUGAGAAGAACGUUGAAGCCCAAGCUACAUCCGGUUUGACUACGCCAGCAACUACGGUGGCAGCACCAACAGAAGCCACAAAUACUCAUUCAGAGUUCACAACCACUGAUGCCAACCACCUCCUUCCCGAAACAGAGCCUCCUGCUGUUGCAAAUGUUGAGGUUGCUUCCAUAGACGAUCCUACCGUUGAUCCUGAAGUGAAUGAGCCACCUAUCAUUGAAGAUGUGACAGAUUUCCCAGCUAUCUUCAGCUCAGAGCUGGACAAAUCAGAUGACGACAUAGAGAUCAUUGAUGAGGUAGUAGGAGACAUUGAGCUUGAAGUCACGCGAGCUCCAGUUUUGGACAUUUCCGAUGAGGACAUCGAUAAAGAUGAAAUCAUAAUAGUGACUACAGCUCCUGCACCAGUAAUCACUGAAGCACCAAACGUAGAUCCAUCAACCCCUCUUUCUCCUGAAAGGGAGUCUCCAUUCACUAGAAUAUCAGAUUCUGCCCCAGUUGAGGAUUCUUCUCUGCCAAACCCAACAACGGAGCCGAUCUCCACAUCAGUCCACCCCACAUAUCAGUCCAUGCCUUUUGUUCCUGCAGAAACGACUGCAAAAACCCAAGCUCCAACCCACGGUCCAACCCAAGCUCCAACCCAGGGUCCAACCCAAACUCCAACCCAAGCUCCAACCCAAGCUCAAACCCAAGCUCCAACCCAAGCUCCAACCCAGGGUCCAACCCAAGCUCCAACCCAAACUCCAACCCAAACUCCAACCCAAGCUCAAACCCAAGCUCAAACUCAAGCUCAAACUCAAGCUCCAACCCAAGCUCAAACUCAAGCUUCGACCCAUGCUCAAACUCAAGCUCCAACCCAAGCUCAAACUCAAACUCCAACCCAAGCUCAAACCCAAACUCCAACCCAAGCUCAAACCCAAGCUGUGGAGAUUAACGUUGCCACUGAGUUCACGCAUGUCGAUCCCAUUGGACCAGAGGAAACUGGCAAUGAACUGACGACUGUUAAUGUCCGGUCUUCAGCUUCCCAUCCAUCCACAUCCACAAGUCAUUCAGUCUUUCUUAAUGGAACUGAUAGUUCUGAAAAUGACCUCCCAUCCACCAUCAUACCUCCAUUUUUCCAGCCAACCUUUCGACCAACAGACAGAAUAAUCGAUCCAGCAGUGUCCUCAAAUGAUGAACAUCUUGUAGAAGAAGAUAAUGCUCUAUCAACCCCAAGCAUCUCUGAUAUCAUUCUUUCCACUGAGAUUGAAGACUAUGAUAAAGGCACAACACAGGUUCAUCUUCCAGACGACCCGAGCAUCACUGACCUUGGUGUCUCCUUCGAAAUCCUUCAGUACGACAAUGCGGAUCACGGCAACGAUAACGGCAGCGGGUACAUUCACGGCACAGACAUGGCGAGUGUCGGCAUGCCCGCCAGUCCUGGACGAUCCCUGAUGGUGUUUUUUAGUCUACGAGUAACAAACAUGAUCUUCUCAGACGACCUGUUCAACAAGAGCUCCCCUGAGUACAAGGCUUUAGAGCAGCGGUUUCUGGAGCUGCUUGUGCCGUACCUGCAAUCCAAUCUUAGCAACUUCCAGCACUUGGAGAUCCUGAAUUUCAGGAACGGCAGCAUCGUGGUGAACAGCAGGAUGAAGUUUGGGAAGCCGGUUCCUCGGGAAGUGACCUCGGCGGUUUACCUGAUCUUGGAGGAUUUCUGCAACACUGCCUACCAGACCAUGAACCUCGCCAUAGACAAGUACUCGCUGGAUGUUGAAUCAGGUGAGAAAGCUGAUCCGUGUAAAUUCCAGGCCUGUAACGAGUUCUCCAGGUGUAUGGUUAAUAAGUGGUCGGGUGAGGCGGAGUGUGUGUGUGACGCUGGGUAUUUCAGUGUGGACGGUCUGCCGUGUCAAAGCAUCUGCGACAUUCAGGAGGAUUUCUGUCUGAAUGACGGAAAGUGCGACAUCAUACCCGGAAAGGGGGCGAUAUGCAGGUGUCGUGUUGGAGAGAACUGGUGGUAUCGGGGGGAGCACUGUGAGGAAUAUGUUUCUGAACCGCUGGUUGUUGGUAUUGCUAUAAUCUCCGUCGCCGGAUUCCUGAUUGUCGCUUCUGGAAUCAUCUUCUUCCUGGCCAGAACUCUACGAGAUCAGUACGACCGAGACGAUUCUGAGGACCCUCUUAGACAUGCCGACAGCGUGCCGUCUCUGGAGAGGGCCACUAAGUAUAACCCGAUGUUUGAGAGUGAUGUGAACUCGGGCUACAGCCGGUAUAACCAGCGCUACUCCGGAGCUCCAAUCAGCACCGCCAGCGCCGACGUGUCCAGCGACUUCGGCAGCGACGAGCUACGUCACAUCUAUGAGAACAGCGAGCUCUCAAAAGAGGAAAUCCUGGAUCGGAUUCGGAUUCUUGAACUCUACGCCAAGGACCGCCAGUUUGCUGACUUCGUCCGGCAGCACCAAGUGGUUCUGGACCUGAGGAGAGACAGUAAUUCCACACAGAGCUGCUGAUUAUUCUGCCAUCAAGAAAACCUGCCUUCGCUCUUAAAGACGCGUAAAGAGGGAACCGAGUCUUCUGUUGACGUGGUUUUCCGGGUCGGACUUUUCCGAAGUUUGAAAUGGACUUCCGAUUUGUUUCAUUAUUCCAUUUUUUUGGAAGUGGGCGGGGCUUAAGGAGAACUAGGACUCUGGCACUAAAGAUUGACAUGAUGAUGAGGUGUAGACGGAUCACGUGACCUUUGCUAUUCUGAGUUUUGUUGUUUCUUUUAAUCCUGUGGGUCACUGUGGGAGGCCGCGUGUGACGUCUGGACUUUUCACCAACCAAUCACAAGUCUUCAUCAACCGCUUCACAAGACUAAACCCACCAAUCAGUAGUCUCGGCUGCUCCUGGUCCAGUUCUGUUGGUGUUUUUUUGUUUGUUUAUGUGUUUAUAUUUAUGUAUUUUGAGGGGGAGGGGCCAGUCACUAUCGUUUCUCUUGUCAGUGCCUUCUUUCUUUCUGAUUGGUCAGUUUCUGUUUUUUUACUGUGUUUGUUGUGGGACGCUGUUCGCUGUAGUAAGAGUGUAAGUGGACGGAACGACUGAUGAGACUCUGAACUGUGUUUUUGCGUAUAAAUGAAAUAUAUAGAAUGAAACGUGAUGUAGUAUUAAGUCGUAUAAAUGCGAAUGUGAAGUGCUCGUUAUUGAAUUUCUAAAAUUUGAUGCUUUUCUCUUUAUUUUUUUCUUCUGCACAGACUGUAGGACGUGUAAAUUAACUGUUGUAGCAAACAAUGUAAUUUAAUGUAGAAAGUUAUUAUAGCUAUUUUUAAUGAUUUAUUUAUUUAUUUUUGUUUAAACAAUGUUUUCAGUAGUUGAUGCUUUUGUACUUUUUUUUAAAACACACACAAAACGGGUAUGAAAUUUAUUUAAUUUCUUUUUUCUGUUUUUAUGUUAUGUUUUUUUGGGGAAAUUGUGAGAUUCACAAUUCACAAUUUUACAGCAAAAAUCUGUAAAAAAAAAGUUUCUGGAGGCUCAAGUUAUAUAUUACAUUUCAGGCUUUAUUUAAAUGUCUAGUCCAAUAUGAUGUAGUUUUAUUUUCUAAUAAAGCCACAUUUUAAUA